CACUAACAGGACUUACUGUCGUGGGACGUGGGUCACUAGAUUUUUAUUUUGGAGAUUAAGUUACUGAGUUUUACUCUGGCUAGAGUGAACGUGGAUACAACCCAAUAACCAGGUUUUAAUUGGACUAUGCAAGGGAUGUUUUCAUCAUGAUGCACUGACUAUCAGUUAACCAUGGAUUGCAUUGUAAGACGAAAACUACCAUCGCGUGUACGGUCAAUGUUAACUGACAUCAGACCACGGGAGCAAGAGCGCCUGGAAGAAGAGACAGAGACAGAACUUGUUGACAAGGAUGGAAUUGUGCUUCCAAGAAGAGGAGCUUCGGACACAAGCGACCUUUUGACCCCAGCUGUGAAGAAUGACACUGAUGGAUCCACUCAGCAAGUGUGUGGCUUGUGCUUAUCUAAGCCAUAUUGUUACACCUGCCCGCGGUGUAACAUAAUGUACUGCAGCUUGGCCUGUUAUCGAAGCCCAGCUCACUCCGGAUGUUCAGAGGAAUUCUAUAAGGAGUCUGUGCUCGAGGAGUUGAAAAAUACAGGGCUGACAGAGAAAGAGGGCAGGGAGAAGAUGCAGGAGAUUCUGCUAAGGGUAAGAAAGAACGAGGGAGAGCUGGAGCACAUUGCAGAGGAACUAGGAGAGGAGGCAGAACCCAGUGGGACUGAGGCCCUGGAGCUUCUCUCUCGGCUGGCAGAGAUUCAGACAAGCGGAGAAGAGAACACAGAGGAAAUUCAGAAGAUACUUUUAAGACUCAGAGACAUUGAUGAAGGUGGGGAUGGGCCAAGAGAGGAUGACCUCACAGAGGAGGGAGGAGAUCAAGACUUGGCAGAUAAGUUAGCUGGCCUUGAUAUUGACUCAUUGUCAGAAGAGGAACUGUGGGCUUUGUUGAGUCGCCAGGAUAGAGAGAAAUUUGAGGCAUUAGUGAAAGGAUGUGCCAUCGGAGGAUUGAUACCCAUUUGGAGGCCUUGGUGGGAGGUACAUGACAAACCAAAAGAAGUCCUUCUGGAGGUCAUGAGUGAGGAUUCGACUCACAAGCUGGAUGAGAAGACAGGGAAUGUUCCAAAAGGAAAUGGUGUGAACAAGGUCAACGUUGGAGAAGGAAAAGGAGCACAUGUGGAAAGGACUGAGUGUGUGACUGCUCAGGAAGAGGCUGAACAGACUAAAGACGCAGCUCAAGUAAAACCAGUGAGUAAAAGUAAAAAAACAAACAAGCAAAAAAAUAAGGGAGAUCACAUUGAAGUUUUAGAAGAACACAAAAAUAAGCCUAAUAGUAAUGUACCACCUGUGAAUAUCAGUAAGAUUCCAGCACUUCACUCCCUUACUAAAAACCCCUCUCCUUUACUGGGUUACACUCUCAUCAAUGUAGUAUAUGGCUACACAUUCUCCUUGUGCCUUUUCAAUGGCGAUAUCUCUGAGGAGGAGAUGCUGCAGGAGUUCUGUCAGGCUGUGUUUGCCAUCUCUGAUGGCUUAUCCACAAACAGGGUGUUCAGCUCCCUCCAUGAGUCUCUUGAAGCUGCAGUGACGGCAGUGUCCACCGCUGGUUAUUUUGACCGCGAUGACCCGCGGGCCCCAGCACGAGCAGUGGAAGCUGUGGCCCAUGUCCUGACUGGGCAGAGCGGCAGAGACUCCGUCGGCUACUCCCUGGCUGCGUUGUCAGAGCUCCGUGGAGCCAUGGCCAAAGUGAGAGGGCUCUUGCCCAAAGAGGGAAACUGCGCUGAAUCCAAGAAGAAGUAUUUCCAAGCAAUGAAAAAGUGUGAGUUCCUGCAGUCGUGGGCAAAGGAGAACUCUCAGGCAGUGGACAUGCUUGCUGCUGGUGUGUGGAGGGAGCAUUUGAGGAGAGAAGGUGAGAGAAGGGUUUUGGAAGAGGACAAGAAAGGUGUGGAGAAGAGCAGAAAGAAGGGAAGAGGUACUCUGAUAGAGGAGGUUGAUUAAACACUUAAUGAAAUAAAUGGACUUAUAUUUGUAUACGGUAUAUUAAAAUGCUACUUCCCCACAAAUGUCUUAUAAGUGGCAUUCUUUUGGUUUUAGCUCAAAUAAAAUGAUGAUUUCCAGUCAAA